UCAAUCAAGGCUCUUCCCUCAUCCGGGCUUCCCAGCUGCUGCCAUCGAUUCAGUAGGGAGACUGAGGAGAGAAGCUGGCCUAGCUCGUUAGGUCGGUUAGCCAACGUAACAUCUGAUUUACUAACAACACCGCUGUAUUUAACAAAAUAGGCGACUGAAGUACCACUGGAGGAGUAACAGCUUAUCGUGAAUGGCUCAUAUCGUUUUUAGAAGAAUAGUUUUUGCUGCUGCACCGUGGACACCGAAGAAGAAAUUUGACCCUCAUAACGUUAUCGCUUGUAGCCAAACUCCAUUUUCCUCUCAGCCGAGUCAAAUGAUUUCCGUCUAACAACGAAGACUUUUAGGACACUCAGAGUUUCAAACAGGGCGGCGUGCGGUGUGACCUCAUCAUGGCCGUGUUCAGCUCCCAGGUGCUGCUCGCAGUCACGAGAUCAAGGGGAUCGUACUUGCUUUCCAAACGGCAUGGCUGUUCCCCUCUCUCCUCUUCCUGUAUACGUUAUCACAUAGCCACGUUGGAGCUCUCGUCCCGCAGUGCUCCCAGACCGCUCUACCUUCACAUCUCCCGCACCACCCACCCACAGACCUUCUACGCCCCCGCUCGGACUCUACACUCCUCCUGCACCUGGCUCCAGGAAGUGAAGAACACCCCCGCUGAAGGUGAACAGGCGAAGGGGGAAGUCGUUCCCGAGCCCACCAAAGCUGUUGCUCGUAAAUCUCUGGGUCAGAGAGUGCUGGACGAGCUGAAGCAUUACUACCACGGCUUCAGGCUGCUGGGAAUCGAUACGAAGAUCGCCGGACGCAUGGUGUGGAGGCUGCUGCAUGGACAACAGCUCACCCGCAGGGAGAGGAGGCGGCUGAUGAGGACGUGUGCAGACUUGUUCCGUCUUGUCCCUUUCAUGGUGUUCAUCAUUGUCCCCUUCAUGGAGUUCCUGCUUCCUGUCUUCCUAAAGCUCUUCCCUGAAAUGCUUCCCUCCACUUUCGAGACAGAGUCCAAGAAGGAGGAGAAGCAGAAGAAGGGACUCGCGGCCAAGCUGGAGCUGGCUAAGUUUCUGCAGGAAACGAUUGCUGAGAUGGCCCGCAGAAACAAAGCGGCCGUGGGAGGAGAUGAGACGCAGAAGUUCUCCACUUACGUACAGCAGGUGAGACACACGGGUGAGCAGCCAAGCACGAAAGACAUUGUGAAAUUCUCCAAGCUUUUCGAGGAUGAACUGACGCUCGAGCAUUUGGAGCGCCCCCAGCUGGUGGCUCUGUGUAAACUGCUGGAGCUGCAGCCCAUCGGCACCAACAACCUGCUGCGCUUUCAGCUCAUGAUGCAGCUGCGCACCAUCAAAGCUGACGACGAGAUGAUCUCUAAGGAAGGCGUCUCAGCGAUGACUGUAGCGGAGCUUCAGGCUGCAUGUAGGAGUCGAGGGAUGAGAUCUCUCGGUCUCUCCACAGAUCAGCUACGACAACAACUCCAACAGUGGCUGGAUCUGCACUUGAAGGAAAAUGUUCCUCCAUCUUUGCUGCUUCUUUCCAGAGCCAUGUAUCUGACGGACCUCAAACCUAAACCUCCUGUUAUUCCUCCCGUUCCCAAACUGGAGAAAUCUCCUGCUGAGAGUGAAGCUACAGCAAAGUCCCAUUCCUCUUCUGUGGAAAUGCUGAUUGACUCCGCCCCCGUCCUCAAGGACAGGAAGGCGGAGGAAUUGGCGGAGAAACAACGUGAUUUGGACAUGCCAUCACCAGAGGCUCAGUUAAUUCAUGCUAAAGGUGCAGAAAUGGCGCAGAAGUCCAAGAUGAGUGCUAACGGACUUUGAGAGGCUUCUCCAGGAAAAUUCUCAUUGUACUCUUCCUCUUCCUCAUCUGCCACGCCAGCCACGAGGGCACACACUCACUUGCUGUCACGCUCGCACAAAAACACACACACUCCAGAAUCUCAGUGAUGGACUCCGAAGCGUCCGUGUUUUCCUUCUCCUGUGCGCCGUGGCCUAUUUUUCUUUUUUCCCCAUUUACAAAAAAUAGAGAAAUAGAACUUGAGCCGAGGUGAGAGUCAGAAAGAGGUGCUUAUGAACCUCCAGCUAGAGAAUAAUUUCCGUUCUUAUCAUGUACAUUUGUAAAUAAACUGUAAAAUAUUACUGGCACAUUAUUAAUAAUGAUAUUAUUAUGAAGACACGCUCCUCUUUUGGACACGUGGCUGUGCCAUAUUUAACCUAUGAAACUGAGAAUCAGUCAUGCUGUUUAUUUUUAUUUUGCAUGCCGGAGUGCAGGCAGGACGUGUUUCAUUUCCUUUAUGGAGGGAAUGUCAAGCUGACUCAAGUUGUAUCGAAUGUUCAGGCAUUGUAGGAUGAAAUAAGCCAGCUUUCAGUCAUGCACUCGACAUCUCAGACCCGUUUGUGUGUUUGCAUAAAUUAGUGCGAACAUAAAGGAUUUAUUUUUUUGUAACAGAAACUAAGCAGCUGCCUUUUUCACUAUGUAAAGUCCAAACAGUGUUUGUAUUUUAACUGAAGUAUAUAAAUUAAUAUGGAUGUAAAAAUUUGUAGACACUUUAAAGCCCUAAUCAGGAGUCCUGCGAGAAGAAAUGUAGCAAUUUGUUCUGUUGUUUGGGUAAAUUGUAAAUGUGCUUUAUCCCCGAGGUUUGAAAACACUUUAUAUAUUUGUUGCAACACCAAAUUAGCUGAGCAGUCAGUGCUCUAGUGGAGCCAUAUCGCUCUGGUUAUAGUUUUUGUUCUCAAAUAAAGAAAAAUACUUUUAAACCUACAACAAAAAUUGAAUCUUUCUAGCACAAUAAAACAGCACCAGUUCAGAAUAGCUAUAUGCAAUCUAUAUAUUUUUGGCAUUUGUUAAAAUAUUUAUGGUAUGGAAAAAAUGUAAAUUGUAAAAAAGAAAGAAAACAACCAUAGAAAUACUGAAUAACUUGCUUUUUUUUCCAUCAUGAUUUUAGAAUUAUGUUGUAGGUGUAGAAGCAUUUUUAGAUUUUGAAAUCAAAAACUAAAUAAUGUAGGCCAAGCUAGCUAACUAUCAAGUUGCUUUUGAUGAUUUGUUUUAGAUAUUAGUCUGUAUGAUUUAAGGCCUUCAGUGAUGCAUUAGAGCUGGAGUUCUCAGACAUUUAGCUUUCAGGGACCCCUUUAAAACUGUUAAACAAAUUUCAUUCCCUAGAACAGAUUCAUUUUAAGAACAUAAUACUACAUUGAUGAUUUAAACAUGUAUGUUAAUAUUUUUUUAUUGGCAAUCCCACAUUGGUUAUAACCUACAAACCUUCUUUAAAUUUGUUAGCAUGUUAGCACAUCUCAUCUUUCACCAUUUUACCUCCUGAUAAAUAUUUGGACAUGUUUAGUUUUACCAGUUAUGUGCUGUGUCUGAAAUCGCUCCCUCACUCACUUAUUCACUAUUUACUAUAUAGAACACUAUGUUGGGCAUUAUGGGUAAUAUCGUAGUGCACUAUCCAGGGAAUAUAAUUUGUUGACUAAGAAUUUGCUUUUUUUUUUAAGGGAAAAAAAAAAAAAAAAAAAAAGGACUCGAAUAUAGUUGCACUAUAUGGUAAAUAUGUAUGGUGAGAAACAAAUUAAGCCACGGCCCCGGGUGUUAACUAGCUCCUGCUCUCCCGCUGGCUAAAAUUUAUUAGGCUUAAACCUGCAGAUAAAAUAAAACUGGAAAGAAAAAAAAAAAAUGGAAUUAUUACGCCUUUCUGCUCUCUACUGUGGUGUGUGUUUUAACAUGAAAUUCAAGAACUAGCUAGAGAUGAUGGUGAAACCCCGUGAUGUGGAUGUUACCAUUCUUUGAUUCCUCAUUGGGGCUUUAAAGAAAGACAUGUUACUAUUACUGGAGAAAUAUGUAGAGUACUGUUCAUGAACACCCUGCUCCCUGUCUGAUAAAGUAACGCCACUUAGGAUGGCCAAGAGGACUAAAUGAGAUGAGGGCUUGUUAGACACAGGAUUAAAACACAGCCUUGGUUUCUGAUUUUUGUCUUUAAUUUAAAGUUUGUUUUGUUCACUGAAAAACCAAAACCACAUUUCCAAAGCAAAGUGCUUUGAUGGCUUCUCAGUCUACAAGGUUAAAAUUCCCAGAGAAUGUGGUGUAUGAUAGCAAAUGAGUGUGUUAUCACAUGUCUAGAUCACUGAGACUGUGCUGGAUGUUUAAUAAAACGUUCCAGCUGUAUCUGCUGAUUGGUCCUGGUGGGCGUGGCCUAACAUACUAACUGGACUGUCUGCAACUCUCAGUGUACCAUGUCUAGUUUUUAAAAAAAAGUGUGCAGGCGUAGUGAGUGACAUCAGAUGUGUAUGGUGAGGUGGAAUGUAUACAAGGUAUGUCUGAUAUUAGCCCCGCCCACUUUCCAAUGAAAGGGUGCGAAACUAUAUAGAAAUUGGAGUGUCUGGACAUUUAAACUUGCAUCAUGCAAUAGAAACCAUUCAGAAUCAGAUUGACGGAUCUAUUUUUUUAACUGUUACACUGAAUUGAUAAGGAUUAUUUUUUUAACAUCACCUGUCAUUUUGAGUCGGACCUUUUAAAACCUCAUGCGUUUUCAUUUGGUGCAGUUUAAAACUCCAUGCCUUUCCUUUGCCAGUGUUCUUUUGUAUUUAAUAUUACUGUUUUAAUGUUUUAAACACCUCGUCAACUUCCCCACAUGAAUUGUGCAUCUCGUGUGUCCUACGAGUGCAGUGUGUAACACAAGGUAGAUUUUUCAGUCUGGUUGCCUUAUCAGCAUGCUAACUAACUAGCAGAUUAAUCCACAGAUAGUGAUGCAGAUUUCCACCAAGGGGAAGACGGCUGCGGUGUUGAAGUGUUGAAAGACAGAUGGGAAAAUAAAGCAGCAUUUAACAGUGUAA